UUGUGAUUUUGGUCCAUCAACAACUCCCCCCAACCCCCAAAAAAUCACACCCCAUUUCACCACCUACUCCACUUCACUCCCACUCCACAUCAAAAAUGCAACAACCCACAAAAAAACCCACCAAAAACUCCCACUCCCACAAAAAACACAAACACAUCCACCCAAACAACAAUUACAACCACCCUCAACCUCCCACCACCACCACCACAUCCAACAUCUCUUUCCAACGCAACACCGACGUAAAAGGCCUUAAAUUCGGCGGACAAUUCAUCGUAAAAUCCUUCACUGUUCGUCGUUCUACUCCUCUAGAACUUUCUCUCCUCCUCAAUCUCUCUCCUCCUAAAUCUCUCUCCUCUACCAUCACUUUCCUUCCUUCUAAUUUCACCAUCUUAGCUCACCAUGCUUGGCACACUUUAACUCUUGGAUUAGGUACCAAGAAAUCUAAGAUCAUCAUCUUUGUUUUCAACAACGUUGUUGCUAAAUCUGAACUUCAUCUUACGUGGCCAUCUGAGAUUCCUUUGGGUGAUGUUAAUAAAAAGUUAAUCAGAGGAUUAAAUGGCUGGGAUUUUGCAAGGUUUAAGUUUAGAAAAGGUUGUAUUACUUUUUAUGUUUUUGCUGUUAGAAGAUGUGGAGAAAAAGGGUUUCAAUGUGCUGAAGAUUUGAGAUGUAUUCUACAAUCGGUUAUUUCUCUUAAUGAUUUUCUUGAUCAUACUGCUAUGCUUGCUUUGCCUCAUCAAAGGUCCAUUGAUCAUCAUUCUAGUAAUAAUAAUAAUACUACUCAUCCUGUUUCUGCUCAUUGAACUCUUUAUGUUACGACGGGUCGGACUCAUGUUGAUCACCUCUACUUUUUCAUAUUUUUUGGGGGAAUUAUUUUGGGUAUUUUUUAAAGUCGAAUGUAUAUGUAAUUUUGUUCUAUUAAUGAUUAAUAACUAUGAGAAAUUUUAGUUUUUUGUUUGGAGGAUUUGGGGAUAUAUGUUGCUUAAGUUGAACUCAAUAAAUUGAUGUGAUUAAUGCUAUAGUGUAUUAGUUUGCA